CGGCCGCCCCCGCCGCCGCCGCCGGCCCGCAGCCCGCCAGGCGGGCGGCCCAGCCCGCCUGAGCCCGCAGCGGCUGCCGCCGCAGCGUCGGGGCGCUGGGUGCGCGGGCUACCGCAGACCGAGCGGACCCGAGUGGGCGACCAGGCGCUUGCCCGCCCAGUGCCACUGCCGCCGCUGCCUCUCUGGAGCGCAAGACCAGGCAUCUCCAGCGCCCGCCCCUGCUGCCGAUGCGGCCCGCACACUUUUAGCUGGGCGGGAGGGCUGGAGAGCCGGGGCGCCGAGAACCGCCAGCGAGCUGCGCCGAGAGUCGCGCCGACCCGCUGCGAUCAGGCACAGGCGCCCACCCGCCGCCGCCGCCCGACCGCUAUGGAUCUAUUCGACUUUUUCAGAGACUGGGACUUGGAGCAGCAGUGUCACUAUGAACAAGACCGUAGUGCACUUAAAAAAAGGGAAUGGGAACGGAGGAAUCAAGAAGUCCAGCAAGAAGACGAUCUCUUUUCUUCAGGCUUUGAUCUUUUUGGGGAGCCAUACAAGGUAGCUGAAUAUACAAACAAAGGUGAUGCACUUGCCAACCGAGUCCAGAACACGCUUGGAAACUAUGAUGAAAUGAAGGAUUUGCUAACUAAUCAUUCUAAUCAGAAUCAUCUAGUGGGAAUUCCAAAGAAUUCUGUGCCCCAGAAUCCCAUCAACAAAAAUGAACCAAGCUUUUUUCCAGAACAAAAGAACAGAAUAAUUCCACCUCACCAGGAUAAUACCCAUCCUUCAGCACCAAUGCCUCCACCUUCUGUUGUGAUACUGAAUUCAACUCUAAUACACAGCAACAGAAAAUCAAAACCUGAGUGGUCACGUGAUAGUCAUAACCCUAGCACUGUACUGGCAAGCCAGGCCAGUGGUCAGCCAAACAAGAUGCAGACUUUGACACAGGACCAGUCUCAAGCCAAACUGGAAGACUUCUUUGUCUACCCAGCUGAACAGCCCCAGAUUGGAGAAGUUGAAGAGUCAAACCCAUCUGCAAAGGAAGACAGUAACCCUAAGUCUGGUGGAGAAGAUGCUUUCAAAGAAAUCUUUCAAUCCAAUUCACCAGAAAAAUCUGAAUUCGCCGUGCAAGCACCUGGGUCUCCCCUAGUGGCUUCCUCUUUAUUAGCUCCUAGCAGUGGCCUUUCAGUUCAAAACUUCCCACCAGGGCUUUACUGCAAAACAAGCAUGGGGCAGCAAAAGCCAACUGCAUACGUCAGACCCAUGGAUGGCCAGGACCAAGCACCGGACAUCUCGCCAACACUGAAACCUUCAAUUGAAUUUGAGAACAGCUUUGGGAAUCUGUCAUUUGGAACACUCCUGGAUGGAAAACCCAGUGCAGCCAGUUCAAAGACUAAACUGCCAAAGUUCACCAUCCUCCAAACAAGUGAAGUAAGUCUUCCAAGUGAUCCAAGCUGUGUUGAAGAAAUCUUGCGGGAGAUGACCCAUUCCUGGCCUACUCCUCUCACUUCCAUGCAUACUGCUGGACACUCUGAGCAGAACACAUUUUCCAUCCCAGGACAGGAAUCGCAACAUCUGACCCCAGGAUUCACCUUACAAAAGUGGAAUGACCCAACCACCAGAGCUUCUACAAAGUCAGUAUCUUUCAAAUCGAUGCUUGAGGAUGACCUGAAGCUGAGCAGUGAUGAAGAUGACCUUGAGCCUGUGAAGACCUUGACCACUCAGUGCACUGCCACUGAGCUCUACCAGGCUGUUGAAAAGGCAAAACCUAGGAAUAAUCCUGUGAACCCACCCUUGGCCACUCCCCAGCCCCCACCUGCAGUGCAAACCAGUGGGGGUUCUGGCAGCUCCAGCGAAUCGGAGAGCAGCUCUGAGUCAGAUUCAGACACUGAAAGUAGCACCACUGACAGCGAAUCUAAUGAAGCACCUCGUGUGGUCACUCCAGAGCCUGAACCACCCUCAACCAACAAGUGGCAACUGGAUAAAUGGCUUAACAAAGUGACAUCCCAGAACAAGUCUUUUAUUUGUAGCCAAAAUGAAACACCCAUGGAGACUAUUUCUCUGCCUCCUCCAAUCAUCCAACCAGUGGAAGUCCAGAUGAAAGUGAAGACGAAUGCCAGUCAGGUCCCAGCUGAACCCAAAGAAAGGCCUCUCCUCAGCCUCAUUAGGGAGAAAGUCCGUCCACGGCCCGCUCAGAAAAUUCCAGAAACAAAGGCUUUGAAGCAUAAGUUGUCAACAACUAGUGAGACAGUGGCUCAAAGGACAAUUGGGAAAAAACAGCCCAAAAAGGUUGAGAAGAACACCAGCAUUGACGAGUUUACCUGGCCCAAACCAAACAUUACCAGCAGCACUCCCAAAGAAAAAGAAAACGUGGAGCUUCCUGACCCACCAAGAGGCCGCAGCAAAGCCACUGCCCACAAACCAGCCCCUAGGAAAGAACCAAGACCUAACAUCCCCUUGGCUACCGAGAAGAAGAAGUACCGAGGGCCUGGCAAGAUUGUGCCAAAAUCUCGGGAAUUCAUUGAAACAGAUUCAUCUACAUCUGACUCCAACACAGAUCAGGAAGAGACCCUGCAAAUCAAAGUCCUGCCUCCGUGCAUUAUUUCUGGAGGUAAUACUGCCAAAUCCAAGGAAAUCUGUGGUGCCAGUCUGACCCUCAGCACCUUAAUGAGUAGCAGUGGCAGCAACAACAACUUAUCCAUCAGUAAUGAAGAGCCAACAUUUUCACCCAUUCCUGUCAUGCAAACUGAAAUACUGUCCCCUAUGCGAGAUCAUGAGAACCUGAAAAACCUGUGGGUGAAGAUUGACCUUGACUUACUCUCUAGAGUACCUGGCCACAACUCACUCCAUGCAGCACCUGCCAAGCCAGACCACAAGGAGACUGCCACAAAACCCAAGCGUCAGACAGCUGUCACAGCUGUGGAGAAACCAGCCCCUAAAGGCAAGCGUAAGCACAAGCCAACAGAAGUUGCAGAGAAGAUCCCUGAGAAGAAGCAGCGCCUGGAGGAGGCCACAACUAUGUGCUUGCUCCCCCCUUGCAUCUCACCAGCCCCACCCCACAAGCCUCCCAACACUAGAGAAAAUAAUUCAUCCAGGAGAGCAAAUAGAAGAAAGGAAGAGAAACUAUUUCCUCCUCCACUUUCCCCACUGCCAGAGGACCCUCCACGCCGCAGAAAUGUCAGUGGCAAUAAUGGUCCCUUUAGUCAAGACAAAAGCAGCUCUGUGACUGGACAAAUCACAUCUACCAAACCUAAGAGAACUGAAGGCAAAUUCUGUGCUACUUUCAAAGGGAUAUCGGUAAAUGAGGGAGACACUCCAAAAAAGGCAUCCUCUGCCACCGUCACUGUCAACAAUACUGCUAUUGCCACUGCUACUGUCACUGCUACUGCCAUUGUCACCACCACUGUCACAGCUACUGCCACCGCCACGGCCACCACCACAACUACUACCACUACCAUUUCCACCAUCACCUCUACCAUCACUACUGGCCUCAUGGAUAGCAGUCACCUGGAGAUGACAUCCUGGGCGGCUCUGCCCCUUCUAUCCAGCAGCAGCACUAAUGUCCGGAGACCCAAGCUCACUUUUGAUGACUCGGUUCACAAUGCUGAUUAUUACAUGCAAGAAGCUAAGAAGCUGAAGCACAAAGCUGAUGCACUGUUCGAGAAAUUUGGCAAAGCUGUGAAUUAUGCUGAUGCCGCCCUGUCCUUCACUGAAUGUGGCAAUGCCAUGGAACGUGACCCUCUGGAAGCAAAGUCCCCGUACACCAUGUACUCUGAGACUGUGGAGCUCCUCAGGUAUGCAAUGAGGCUGAAGAACUUUGCAAGUCCCUUGGCUUCGGAUGGGGACAAAAAGCUAGCAGUACUAUGCUACCGAUGUUUAUCACUCCUCUAUUUGAGAAUGUUUAAGCUGAAGAAGGACCAUGCUAUGAAGUACUCCAGAUCACUGAUGGAAUAUUUUAAGCAAAAUGCUUCAAAAGUCGCACAGAUCCCAUCUCCAUGGGUAGGCAAUGGAAAGAACACUCCAUCCCCAGUGUCUCUCAACAACGUCUCCCCCAUCAACGCAAUGGGGAACUGUAACAACGGCCCAGUCACCAUUCCCCAGCGCAUUCACCACAUGGCUGCCAGCCACGUCAACAUCACUAGCAAUGUGUUACGGGGCUAUGAACACUGGGAUAUGGCCGAUAAACUGACAAGAGAAAACAAAGAAUUCUUUGGUGAUCUGGACACCCUGAUGGGGCCUCUGACCCAGCACAGCAGCAUGACCAAUCUUGUCCGCUACGUUCGCCAAGGACUGUGUUGGCUGCGCAUUGAUGCCCACUUGUUGUAGUGGGUGUUCUUCUAUCUCUAGCAUCACGACCCAUCACUCUACCUCUACCAGCGCACUGAUGGUCACUGGUGGAACUCCACUCAUUGGGGAAAGUUCUCUUUGGUUAUGUUUGUUUUUAUGCUUCUUUUGUUAUCUGUGAAAAACAGAAGUCAUUGUAAGUUGACACUACAACUUAAGGGCAGUGUAUGUUUUAUUAGUCAUAUUUUUAGCAUUUGAUAUGCAAUCCUCAGAUUCUACCAUCUUUUUGUGCUUCAUGGAAUGACAGUCCCUACAAUAUUGUUUUAAGCCCACACUACCCAAAACAAAGAAUGGGAAGCACUUGUGAUAAAGACAGGCUCCUGAGAAAUGCAACAAGUGGUCUUACAUAUACAUGAGAACUUAGACACAAGGGACCAUCCCCCAAACUAUACUCUUAUACCCAGAAAAGAACAUAUUUCAGAAUCUAUCAUUAAACUUUUGUGUAUCCCACAGAUUCAAUCUUCAGGUGAGAAUUUUCAUUGUUAAAACCCACUGGUUAGAUGUAGCAACAUCAUGAAAUCAAGAGUAUCGAGAAAAUAAAUGAGCGUAGCGAUGCUACUCUUAAAAAGAUGCUAUGCCACACAACCAGAGGACUCUCUUGCUAGCAUCCCUUUCCUGAUUCCCUAUGUUGUUAAUUCUAAUGGCAACAAGAAAGGGUGACAUUUAUUUUGACAAGUUUUAGGCAUCAGCUGGCAUCAGUAUUUUUCAACUCUAUUAUUUGAAGUGUAAAUCCUCACCUGGGAUUCUCUGUGCGCAAAGCUCUCCUUCUGAGGAACAGUUUGGUUGAUGCAUGCUUUAGUAGCCAAAAUGCUACACUCUAGACUUAGAGUUGGGAGUUAAGAGAGGUCUGGAAAGUGUCCAACAAGGAAUUCACACCUCUGCCUCCUUUACAACAACAACAUUUACACAGUUGGUAAGUGGGUCCAUAACUGGCAGGAUUUUUAAAUUGUAUUUUGCUCAAAUCUAUGGAAACAAAAAUCAAAAUCAAGUUAUCACUACCUAGAAGUAAUAAUAUACAGUUUUCUUCCUAGUGGCUUGAAAAUCUGGACUUCCUCAAUUAUUAUUCACAUUUUCUCUCUUAUAGGGUUUCUGUUUUCUACUUUCUUUUUUCUCUUAUCUGUGUUUCCUUUUCCUUUGUUUGGCUCAUUAACUUUUGACUGAAUUACAAUUACUGAUUAUAUUAAAGUCCAUAUUAUCAUGAAUCAUUUCCAUGAAAACUCCUGAGAAAACUCCAAACUCUCUAAAUAGUGGUUAGCUUUUAUUUUUUUAAAAUGAGUCUUGGGGUAAUGCUUCACCCUGAGAUGCUUUGAAAGAGCCCUAAACAUUGGGAACCAUUCACCUAAUUUGGACAUAUUUCUCACUGGUUGUGACUACACCCUCAUGAUACUUUAUACUCAUUUUAUGUCCCUAAACAUCACAAUGUAAAUAUAAUUUUUUAUGUUCCAGCUCACCAGAAGAUUCUUACACUUGUGGUAAACACUAUCCAAUGCAUUACUUACUGGUAAUUACCUGCUGGUAUAUAAUUCCAUGUAGCCUUUAAUAUGCUGGGUUAUCAAACUCUGUUCACUGAGUUAUGACCAGAUAAAUAAUAGAUAUGCACAUGAAAGAUGCAAACUUGUAUGAUUAUUAAAGUAAGCCAUGCAGGUCCAUGAUAGAAACAGCAGGUGAUGACUCUGCACUCUCAUUGUCAAGGUUAGAUAUAUCCCCAGUUGCAAAACAGCCAUACUUGAGCUGUGCUCUGGUCAUCUUUGAGUUUAAGGCCCUUUGUUGUAUAAGGCUGUGGAAGUUGUACUCCAAUGGCUGAAGCCAUGUUGUUAGUAUGGCUGAUGGGAGCAUCCCAGCAGCUGAACCCAGCACUUUUUAUGCUCCCACUGUGGUUGAGCUUUAUGUUUACAGUCUCAGCAACAACACCUAUGCAUGCACACACACAAAAAUGAAACCUGAAAGAAUCUUUUCUGAGCCACUUAAAAGAGGAAAAUGAUAACAUUAAAGACUCUGAACAUCCAAGGUUGGUGUCACAUAUAAAAAUUAAGCUGAGGACUUUGCAGUGACUCAAGUUCUCUCUUUAUCAUGGUUUAACAGGUAGAGUGCUUGGCUAUUACUAUAUAAUGAAGCCCACUGGCUUGACUUGUAAGUUCAACCUAAACCACAAUUCUAGACCAUUAUGGACUUAGGAGUAGAUUCUUGAAAUCCCACAUCCAGAAACUAGACGUUAGAAUGUUGGGGCAGUUUCCCAGAGAAACAAGCAUAUUGCCUCAUGGAUGAAAGACUUGUAGUUCUAGUUUCAGUGACUUGUUAUAUCUACUUACAUACAACAGGGAGGCAAGAGGAUUCUCUGUCAUCUCUGGUGACUGAGUGUAAAAUAUGUGCCAAGUUGGCAGCAUAGUGACCAAAUCUGACAAUCGAGCUCUGGAUCACCACUUGAUUAUGUAGUAGACUCAUUUAUAAAGCAGCUUAGGAACUCAUUAAACAUGGAGGAUGAAUUACCUUCCUAUCCCUUGAGAUAAGACAUCUUUCGAUUUCAUGAUUAAGGAUUGUUGCUGUUUUAUAGUUGCUCUAUUCAUCACAGUGUAAAUGGUGAUGCGUGUCGUAGGUGCGCAGCUAUUUGAGGGACUAAGGGAUGGAGAUAUUCCGUCAAAUGAAUCUCUUCAGCAUACCAGUUUGUGGGAGGGAUAUGAGACAUGUGGAUGGCAGUGAGAGAUCGUGCCUCUAGAUCUUGAUGGAGGCUUAGUGAGACACACUUAAAUAAGCACAUGGAGGUUAGAGUAGAGGGCAGAGUAAAAGGAAGCUCCAUCUGAGCAAGGACAGCAAAAGAUCUCAGCCCUGCAACUUGACCCAGGUAGGGCCACCACUACGCCUUCACUUGUCACCCAAGCUCCAACCACAGAGAGUUUGACAAGCUUGUGUUAUGAUGUUGACUUGGCUUUGUAUUUUUAAUUAACUUUGGAUUUUUAGUGGUUUUGUCAUAUAACUGUCUGAGUUUGGUAGGUAGGAUUACUUUGAAAAGGGUUUACUAGUGUGGUCCUCCGGGUAGAAUUUAGCUGUAAGCAUGUUGUUAGCCAGCCUGUAGACUGUUAAUUACUUAAUAAUCUCAUUGGGAAAAUACUAGUAGUUUUAUAUUUGGAUGACAUAAUUGGAAAAGCAGACUAGCUGCUACUACUUUUAAAAGACUUAAGGUCGGGAUGCCUUUUUUUUUUCCAUGUAAGGAAAUGAAAAGAUCAAAAUCUUCAGGCAAUAAGCAAGUUGCAAAAUUAGAAACCAUUGCCUAAAAUAUGUUUUGUUGAGUUUCCGAAUGGAUGAAUUUUAAUUUGGACAUUACAUCACUAAAUGCAUUAGAUUUUGUCUGCAUUGGAAAGAUACUUCUUCUAGCAUAUCUUUCCCAAAGAUAUCUAAUUUGGAUUCUGUUUUAUGCAAAUUUGCAUCCCGGAGGUUGAAGUUGGAGUUUGAGGUUGGAAAGUAUUUUUGAAGGCAGAAGCAAUUGAGUUGUGAGGGUGAGGCCCUCACAUACUUCUCAACAGACAUGAUAAAAUUCACCUGCAUGAGUUGGCAGGUGGGAAAACCAAACUGGAUCACUGGGUAAGACUACUCAGUAAAGCAAUGAACUGCUUGCUUAGAGAAGCAUCACUAUCCCCAUUGAGAAAAAUGUGUGGCAAGAUGAUACAGCUACACAGUAUCAAAUGAAUGGGUCAAUUCAGGGCCCCCAAAUUUAAUUCUGUGGGGAAAAAAUAUUGAGCCAGUUGUCAGUGUUCUGGCAGACUAAAUUCUUCGUCGUCGUUGUUGUUGUUGUUUAUCAUUUUCACUCGCACAGCCUUAUUCUCAUAAUUAAAAUCUGAUUCAUUUUCUCUUUAGUGUUAUUAGACUCCAACAACAGAAGUGGCAUCUGUGUAUUGAUAAUCAGCAUUUACCCUGGCAGGAGACUAAUCAGAUAGGCCAGUGUCAGACAUUAAUCCUACCAUCUGAUAUUUUUGGUGAAGGAAAAAGUAUCAAUUCUCUUUCCAUCCUCCUCCUCAGAAAUAUAGAAGCCCUCUUUGCCAAAAUCAUCACAUUUUACUCUGUAAUCUACCAGCUAAAAGAAAAUUGCAUUGUGGGGAGGGCGGAAAGGGGGUGGGGGUGGGGGUGGAGGGUGGGGAAGCCCCACAAAGCCAGAUUGCAGUUCUUGCCCCUCUUUGCUUCUGACAUGAGAUGUUAAAGAAUUAUUCAUAGUGCUCACAUUGCGUUAGGGGACACUGAACUGCUUUUUAGAUCCACGAUCAGUCAUCAUUCUUCUAAGAGAUUGGAGCUUUGCUGUUUCAUUAACUGUGCAGUGUAGACUAAUGGUGUUUAAUAAAAAUCAUUCAAAAUUUCAAACUCUUUUGCCAGUGACCUCAAUUUUGUUGGCUCUUUGAUUUUGUAUCAGACUUUGAGGAGGGAAGGGGGAAGUGAAGGAAGCCUGCUUCCAGGCCCCUGACAGGAUGCUGCAGUGGCAAGCCCAAGUUCGCCUGCCUGCCAGCAGUUGGCUGGUGAGCAGCAGCAUGCAGACCAGCUGUGGGAAGCCUCCUGAAGAAUGCCCCAGCUGAUGCUUUCAGCUGGGAAUAGCUUGUUCCUAUUGGGGAACUCAUUGUUCUCCAGUCUCUGCAGCAGGAAGCCAGCUGUCAUAUCCGGAGGGAAUUUCAGAUGCUUUACCUUUUUGGUUUUGCCCUGCAUCACUCAUGUGGCUACGAAAUAGAAGUGUCUCUGAAUAUAGAGCCCAAUGUAGUGACAAUGGGUAGUCAAAUGUACCCCAGAUGCUCAUGCUCUCUUGUGGUUCUGCAGUGUUUAUGAAAUUGGGGGGAAAGGAGACCCUAGACAGUAAGCAAAAUUGGCGACACUCCAACAAGGCUAAGUUAAUGCUGUGUUGCCCAGACCAAGAGCUAGCUUCUCAUUUGGUCAGCCUAGCAUGCAACCAGUAGUGUGGUGGUAAAAUGUUUAACAACCAGCUCACUGAGAAUAGAAAGCACCUGGUUUGCACCAUUUGCCAAUUUCCGUGGCAUAAAUACUACCACUUGAGAUGAUUUUAAGCUACCAACUGUGAUGUCACUGAACACAUGGUUGGAAAGAGAUGCACACAGUUGACUCUUGCAAGCCUGGGCAAAAAUGCCUCAACACACUACUGGAUGCAGCCAGUCAAAGAAGGUUCAUAUUUCAUAUACGUGUUCAUGUGGACACACACAGACACACACACAAACUCACCCUUACACACACACUUCAAUGACUAAAACAAUUACAUAGUUUUAAGAUAUGAAUCAACGUGUAAAUGUAGAAAGCUCAUGAUAAGGCCCUAGAGGUAUGGGCUGCCCUGGAAGCCUAGGUUUUAAGCAGGAGAAUAGCUGAGAAGAACGAAGCCCUCCUGAGCUGAAAGGAGAGAUGGAUCAAUGGAGAUGGUUUCAUCAUCUUCCAUAUCUCAUAGGUAAAAUGGGCACUUAGAAAACCCUCAUGAUUGAUUUUUUAAAAAGAUAAGUGAGUGUUUUUUAUUUUUUUAUUAUUAUCAUUGUUUUGAUUUACAAGUGCUAUUUGUAACUUUCACAUGUAACUAGGAUAAAGUAUUUACGGAACUCUAUGGAGAAUAGCCCAAUCCAGAAUUUACUGUGUUUUUCUUUUAUGUGACAUGGAAACUCAGUAAUUCUCCCAUCUUCACAUUGUUGUUCAUAAGAUUUUUUACUUUAGUUGUUAGGGAAUCUAAGUUUUGUGUUAACAUUUGCUUUUAGUUAAAAGUAUCUACUUACUGUUUUAGCUCUGAAUUCAAACCAGAAUAUCUCUGUAUCAAUUACAUGACUAAUAGUCAGAAACAAUCAUCCAAACCAAAAUAAUUCUCUUUUCCACCCAGUACAAAGAAAACUAAGCUCAGUAACAAGAAGGCAUAAACUAAAGUAUAUAAUGAGACUUUCAUUAAAUACACACACACACACACACAAACUCACUCACACAUACACUUUUUAAAUUAGGUCUCCACACAUGAAUCAUCUUGAAAGUAGAAUAGAAAAUCUCAAAGAAUUAAUUCUCCUGGUCCUGUGCAUCUUCUGCAGUUAAUAAGAGGUUUGUAUCUGGAAAGACUGAAGAACUUGUUCUAAAACCUUUUUUUUUUUAACAUUUCCAUUUUCUGUCUGGGCCUGUAUCCAUGGUUGAAUGUUAGCCCUGGAGGAGAACCAUGUCUUACUCGCUCUUUCUGGCCCUUCUGUCUUUUGCCUCUGCAAUUCUUUUUGUAGCUGGCACAAUAACAGGGACUGGAGGUCUAUUCUUUCAUGGUAUUGCUACAACAUUUGUCCUUACUGGGAAAUGGUAACAUCUGGAUCUGGUUUAAUUGGCAUUACACUUACACAGGGACUCUGAGCACCCCCUUCACCACACCAGACAGUGGACUAGUUUUCACAGCUACAAAGAGUUAGAAAUGUGUUUAACAUCAUCCAGUGCAUCCCCUACUUUAAUACCACCCUCACUAAUCAAUCAUAUUCACCCAUAAAUUUUACAAAUGAGAUUGAUUCCAUCUCAAGACAAUUUGUCAAAUACUUAAUUUUCUUCCUGGAUGAUUCUACUUACUGGAUAUUUUAGAAAGAGAAAUAUCUGAGAUAAAAUCCCUCACAUUUACUCAAUAUUACAAAUUGCUGUUUCUAUUCCUACUCUGAGUAGUGUUUCUGAAGAUUGUUUGCUGUAGUGUUGUCUUUGAUAAAAUGAAUGUCAGUAGUGAGCCUUUUAGAGAUACCAUGCUCAGAAUCCUCUUUGGGAUCAGGAGAUACCUAAAAUUCUCCCCCUUUGCCCACUUUGUUAGAUGAGUGACAUAUUCUUUGGAUCCUGCAAAGAAGAGACUGGUUUCUUUUCUUUUCUGGUGGUGGUAGUGGUUGUAUCUGUGGCUGUGAUGGUUGUUGUUACUUGUCUUUCUCUCUCUGGCUCUGGCUUUUGCUUUCCUGCUAGUGUUCUUUCUCUUUGCAAACAAAUAGUGAAAUUAAAUGUGAGCUUCUGAAUUGUACUUGUUCAUGCUUUUAAAACAUAACAGAUUAAUAAAAAUAGAUGUGUCCUGAUUUAAAACAUGCCCCCUGGAAAGGCAUGCUGUAUUAUGAAAUCGUGAUAAUAUAACUGCAUUAUUACAUGGCAGUAUAAAUAUUAGUCUGUUUAAUUCAUUUGUCCAAUUGUACAACUUUGUGGAGCAGUGUUUUGACCUUUACUACAUAAUUUUGGAGCAAGUGGAGUGGUUGCAGGCAGACGAGACAGUGUUAUAUCAGGAUUUUUCAAUGAACUUUAGUUGGAGGCCUGGCAAUGGCAAACAUCUUCAGAUGUUUCUGUAACCAUUAUAAAUAUGAAAAAACCCUCUUCAAAAAAUUUCCCAGAGUACUUCAGUCAAGACUUUUUAGGUUCAUCUUUUUUUUCAUUUCUCCUUUUCUUUUUCCAUUAUUUUUGGAUGGGGGUUUGUUAUUAUUGGACUGAAGAAAUAUUUUGAUUGCAAUGGUCUCUCUCUCUCUCUCUCUCUUUUUCUCUCUUUUCUUUCCUCCUUCCCUCUAUCCAUCACCCCUCAUUAAAAUAUCGAAAUAUGGAGUCUUUGAUAAAUCUGCAUUAGACCAGGCUAUAUGCUAGGAAUGAAAUCUGGGCAAACAUUGAUGGGUUUUCAAAGAAUGCUCCACGUUCAUUGGGCCCUUUCACACCCCACAGUGAUAAAUGAAAAGGAUAGAGAUAGUUUUUGCAAAAGGGCACUUUGAUAAUAUCCUCUGAGACCUAAUGCAGUUUAACAAAUGACUCCACCUGUUUUUCCAGUAAGUAAAUUGACUGAGACUUGCAAAAUACCCCUGCGAGUUGUCAGGGGUGUCUUCUGCCUGGUCUAUAGUGUGUGUGUUUGCUUUGUAUCUAACAGGCACAUUCACGUCUCAUGUGCUCAUAUGAAGUAUUUCCUAACAUUCCCAUUAGCCUGUAUAUAAGAAUCAGAAAGAUAAUCCCAACAUGUCGUAAAUGAAGAUGUGACUCUAUAACCUUUCUCUUCUUCCUGGAAAAAAAAAAAAAAAAAAGACAUUUUCAUGCGUAUUUUAAACAGAAAUUUUGUAUAUUUAAGUGUCAUGGAAAAUAUUUAUUGAGUAACUGGGAUACAAAUGGGAAUGUAAUUGUCAUCAUAUGCUUUGUGUGUGGGGAUGCUCACCAACACCGUGCCACUGGACCAUUGUGGCAAGCCUAACUGCACAAAGAGUACACAUCAUCAGUGUGUGUGUGUAUGUGUGCGCACGCACGUGUGUGUGUGUGUCCCUGCAUGUGCAGCAUGUCUAGCUUGCUGUCCUUCAUGGGAUUUUAGCUUUCCCUUCUUGAAAAACAUUAUUUUACAGUUCCAGGAAGCCCUGGUUACAUUACUAUAUGAAGGCAGUGAUUUGAAAUGAAAAUUCCUUUCCUCUUGGAAGCUUUGGUCAUAAUAUCAUGGUUCAAUUAAAUGGAUUCCACCAGCCUUCGUGAUGGAAAAAGCUCUGUUCAAAUCCAAUUGAGUUUCCAAGAGGAAAUUGUAGGUCAAGAUGCAUGAGAGGGAAGAUGAAGGCCACCUCAACUGCAGCAACAUGAGCUGAGUUGAGCCCUCAGUGUUGAAGUUGACUUGCUCCAAGCUGCAGUCCAAAACCCUUGGGCCCAUGCCUGGCCUAUGCUCCCUCCCAAAUAAAUAGAGGAGCAGAACCAUCAGGAAUUGCCUGGCUCCUAAGAAGAAAACUUCCUGACGUUCUGUCCCCAAAGGAAGACCCUUUCCCCAGGGGCACCCCAGGUGGCCAGUAAAUUGUGAUGACCAUUCAGAAAGUGCCCCCUUGGCUUUAUGAGAAUCCAAUUAGUCUUCUGAACCACCUUUUCUUGGGUGCAGAUUUCCAAUAUUCAUGCUCAUUGCAGAUCCGCCAACUGUCACUGUUCUUAACAAGCAUGCUCGUCUUGCCAGAAUUUCAGUAAGUUCCAAUUUCCUGUACAGACCAGGUAAACUGUUCUAACAUCAAUCAAUUAAUGAAAUGUUAUCUGGUUUUUAAAAGCUGGUUUCAUGUGCUUUAUGUGUAUAAAACUAUAUCUGCCUGUGUGGCUUUGCAUUUCAAAUGUGUGGCGCACAAGCAUUUUGUUGGUGCUUUGUUCUCAGUACAGUAACUCUGUGUACAAACAUUUUAAUGUGGUUUUGUUGUUUUCCAACAAGAUGUCUCUGUAAAAAUGAUAUUGGCUGAGCUGGUGCGUUGGUUUCUCUCAUAGAGGCAUUAACUAUACUGCCAAUGCAUUGAAUUAUUUAAAAAUGCAAAAUAAAAUUUUUAUGAAAAUCUCA